CAUUGACAGGAGCAUAUUCCCCUUUGUACCUUCGAUGCCCUCCUAGAGUCAGCAUUUCACCACGAGUACACAAGAACUGUAGGGGUCUGAUACUAUGAGCGUGCCCCUUGCCUUCAAGAUGGCGAAAGUCCCAAGAUCCCUCAGGCUCUCGGUAUCGCGAGAGCCGUGUCAUCAGCGAGGAGAUGGCUUAGCAUUCCAGGGGCUGGUACACGGACUCUUCUCUCAGCCGCCACUUGCACUUCAAGGGAGAGGAGGUGGAAACGGCCAUAAUGUUCAUGACAGCACGACAUCUGUUUGACGUCUCCCAGACCAGGCUGUACUUCAGCACAGCAAAUGUCUUUAAGAUGGGAAACAAGACGCGUUUUCGUCCUUACGAUCGCAAAGCGUCUUCCACCAUCCGCUUCAAAAUGUUUACUGUCUUCCGGCCAGACAUGAAGACUCCCAACAGUCCUUCGUUAGGAAGCCAGCGGUUAGGCAACCGUCGCCGUAUCCUGCGAACCCUGCUUGCAGCAAUUCUUAUCGUUACUUUUAUCCGGACAUGGACUUAUACAUCUCGACCGAGGGUACCACCUCCCACAUAUGCGAUAGACGAAGAAGCCAGCGAGGUAGCCGAGCUUGAUUAUAGCAACUUCGAACCCCUGCCUUUGACAGGCAUGCUCAAUGAUGGCAGACCCGGUAAACGCACCUGCGACGAACUUAGGUAUGACGGACGGCUUCGAGUUCAAGAAAGCCUUUAUCUCGAGGAUGACCUGGUAGACGUCGCCAGGUCCCUUGCCGAUCAUCCUAUAAUCAACUAUCCCUCCGAGUAUGACGAUGUCCCAUUUGAAGAGACUGUUUCGAAAUGUUGGGCAAGAUUGGCUGGAUCGAGCGUUUGGCUGGAGAAAUACCAAGUCUUUCUUGCAGUCACGCGAGUCAUCUUCUUCGACAAAGGGAACCGUGCCUGGCCAAUUAUCAGCUUCCUUCGGGGUCAAUUGUACGAUGAGAGCUGGAACGAAUUGAAAAACCAUACCAUCCAAUGGCAUGGUGAUGAGAUCGUUUUCCCCACAGUGUUUACCAUUCCGGCACCUUAUAAUGUGGGCGGGGGGUUCUAUGGUCCUGAAGAUCCCAGGAUAAUUAUUGAACAAGACGUGGAGGACGCUGAGCCUGUUGUCGUUUUCAACAUGAUCCACGAUCUGAGGACCGUUGCGCGAGCCAUGCACAUUUUCCGACCAUUUUCCAAUGUGACCACAAUCUUGACCAUAACAGGAGAAGGAGAGAGACCCUCAUCGGAGAAAAAUUGGGCACCAUUCUUCCACGACGACCGCGCGAACGCAACCAACGGCCCGAAAAAGUGGCCCAGUCACCACAUUCACUUUGUGCAUGGCUUCAACCCUCUCAAAGUGCUCAAGUGUCAUGCACUCAAUGGUUGGUGUGAUAUUGUGUACGAGCAAAAGGUCUCCGAGGACUUGAUAUCACCCCACGAUGAUCCUCACGGUCGUAUGAGCGGCGGCACAAACCUGGUCCCAAUUCCAAUCGCUUCGAGCCCGGGUGUGCAUGCGUAUGUCGGCUUUCCGAGAUCUCAUAUCGACUUUGGAUGCAAGGACGACGCUAUGUACAGACCUGAAAUGAUGAUCAUGACUGCACAUGGUCAGCAGUUCCAUAUCAACUACAUGUCCGAGCCGAUAGAUUUCGGAGCAGCUGCCUUGACACCGGAUGCCGUCACUGAUCCCUGUGGCGAAGGCCGUAUUCUGAUUGCCAACAGUGUGGCACGAUGGGAUCGGUCCUCCGGUCACGACCUGAUGACACUUUCAUUCUCGGUUGCUGAUGUAACCGUGCAAAUUCUUCAGCUAGAGGGUGUCUCAAGGUUCAUCGAACAACUACCGUUCCUCCGUUCGGCACUUCAGCACGACAUGUCUCAGGAUGGAAGUGUCAUCUGGAACCUCCGCUGGUCAGCUGUCAGCCAGGACGUAUCUGCUUGUUCGAUCGAGGCGGCACGAAAUUAUUCCAUAGCCGUCUCCGAGCCACUCAAUGGCAAAUCGAAGGCCAAAUUGAGGGAAGAAGGGGAAUUGGACGACGAGGACAAAGAUGACGUUCUGGAUAAAACCAAGGAACGUGAAGAUCAAAAGGAUAACAAGGACCAAGACUUGAAAGGCAAGAAAGAGGAAGAGCUUACAGAUGCUUUAUUUGAUGACGAUGCGCUAUUCGAGACUGAGGAGGAAAAAGCUUUCCAAAAAGACAUCACCUACCUGGAUGAUCCAUUCGGACACGAGGAUAAGAUCACAUGAAAGACUCAUCUCGCGGACACGAUAUCAGAGUCUUCUACAUGGAUUCCCUAGACGUUCAGAACACCCUUAGGUCCGAUUCAAAACGAAGCGGCCGCAUACUAUACUUGAUCCUUGGGAUCUUCUCACAAACUGAUACUUAUCAACCUUCGCCUAAGGUUGUACGGCAUUUGCAAUCAGACUAUUUCAACAGACUCGAGUGCGACCGACUCCAACAGCAGCAGCGGACCUUUCAGCACAUUCUGCUCUUUCAGGUAUUAUUCCGUCACGGGUGCUCCUCGGCCAACUGCAAACGACAUUCCCCCCACCCGCGACCGACACGGGCCUUCUAGCUUGGUGGUGAGUUGCGGGGAUUCACGCAGAUGCCGUACGUACUGGUCAAUAUCGCAAUACUCGGCCACGUUCCAUUCCGGUCUAUAUUUUACAUCGCCCCGAUUUUCAUGUAGGAUAUAUCCAGAAACCACCCAGGUGGAGGACACGACUGAGCUGUCUGGAACAGCUUCCAAUAGUUUCGGCCUAUUGCAUGCAAUGAUUUGGUACUCUAGCAGCAACGGAGGCCGAUGCCUUGUAUGGCUUGAACAUCGACAUGCUAUUGACUCGGAUAGUUCUCUAACAGCGACUGGACCGCUGUCUUCUAUUCAGUUCGCAAUACAUCAGGAGUCAACUUCCUCAAGAAGUCCGUGUUGUUGUAUUAGUCAUCUGCAGUACGCUUCACUUUUUGCAUUGCAGCGAUGGAUUGACAUAGGAUUUUGUAACUAAAUCAAUCAGUGCAAUGCUACUCCCAUGCAUACUAUAUGUACCUUCAUUGUUUCCGA